CAGUGCGGUGUUUGCAGAACCAAAACGCAGCAGCCACACCCCCCUUCUCAGCUUCCCUUCCUCCCUCCUCCCCUUCAGGGUCUGCCUCAUUCUCCUCUCUCGUUUCCACCCUCCUCCUCCUCCUCCCCCUAACCUCCUGGUCUGGUUUGCUGGUUUGGUGGUUCGCUGCAACAAGGCACUAAGAGAGGCAAGGCAGAGGCAAAAGGGCAACGGUGGCGUGUCGUCCCGUCGCUCCAGCGUAGCAGCGGCUUCCACCAACCAAAACCUCAAAACAGCCAGCAAAACGCAAGAACAAGAAGAAGACGAAAAGAAGAGAACAAAGCCUCAGAGCCUCAACCACAGAACUACCCUCGUGCCACCUCUUCUGCGUCUUCUUCCUUCAUCGCGGCCACAUCUGAGCAUUUCAAAGCGUUUCUUUUGCCAAAGAACAAUGGCCAACGAUGACAGUGAGCUCCGUCUGACGGACGGCGUGUCUGUGGAGGCGAUCAAGGCCUUCCUCGCAGAUUUGAAGAGCGAGUUCCCCGACACGUACACUGAGAUGACAACGGAGGAUGCCUGCAAGCAGCUCGUGGUCCCACGCACCCAGCAGGACAACUGCGCCUACGUCGAUCUGUUGCGCAAGCAGUCAUCACAUGAACAUGUGGGCAAGGCCACCGUGUUUGUGUCGCACGCAUGGCGAUACAAGAUCGCAGACGUGUUGAACGUCUUGCUCGAGUUUGCAGAGGAGCAAGCAAGGAAGGAAGACAGCCAGCCCGUGUUCUUCUGGUUUGACCUCUUCAUGAACAACCAAAAUGCCAACGUCACCGCCAACCUCCCACAAGAGUGGUGGAGCACGACGUUCAAGGAGUCGAUUGCCAACAUUGGACGCGUGCUGCUGGUGUUGAUGCCGUGGCGUGAUCCUGUCCCCUUGACACGCGCGUGGUGCCUGUGGGAGAUCUUCUGCGGCAUCAGCAACGAGGGCACAGAGCUCAACAUCCGCCUUCCCAACAGCGAGGAGAAGGCGCUGGAAGAGGCCAUUCGUGGUGACUACGAGGCCGUGACGAACAUGCUGGUGCGCGUGCAGGCUGAGCGGGCCGAAGCCUUCAACCCGCGUGACAAGGACAUGAUCUUCGAAGCCAUCCGGGACGGUGUGGGCUUUGCGGCUCUCAACCAGGCCGUGAAGGACCAGCUGCGUGCGUGGUGUCUGGAGAAGGCGGUGGCUGCGGUGGAGGUGAUGCAGGCUCGGGGCGAGGACAAGACGAAAGCAUUCGCACACUUGUGUCACGUUGUGGGUCUCGUGCUGAACACGUUUGGCGAGCACGACCAGGCUAUUGCCUACUUCCAAAAAGCCCUGCAGAUUCGUCUCCGCACAGAGGGGGAGAAAGGGGAGAACGUGGCUGCGCUGUACAGCAACCUCGGCAAUGUCUACUUCAGCCAGGGCCAGUACGACAAGGCGAUUGAGUUCUAUGAGAAGGCCCUUGCCAUCAGGGUAGAGACGUUGGGCGAGAAGCACCUGAGCACAGCCAACACCUACAACAACCUCGGCAAUGCCUACUGCAGCAAGGGCGAGUAUGACAAGACGAUUGUGUUCUAUGACAAGGCCCUCGCCAUCAAGUUGGAGUUGCUGGGGGACAAGCACCCGAGCACAGCCGACACCUACAACAACCUCGGCCUCGCAUACGCCGACAAGGGCGAGUAUGACACGGCUAUCCAACAUUAUGAGAAGGCCCUCGCCAUCAGGGUGGAGAUGUUGGGCGAGAAGCACCCGAGCACAGCAGACACCUACCACAACCUCGGCAACGCAUACGCCGACAAGGGCGAGUACGACAAAGCAAUUGAGCUUUAUGAGAAAGACCUCACUAUCACGGUAGAGGCGUGGGGCGAGAAGCACCCGAACACAGCCGACUCAUACAACAACCUUGGCAGCGCCUACCACAGCAAGGGCGAGUACGGCAAGGCAAUUGAGCUUUAUGAGAAGGCCCUUGCUAUCGCGGCGGAGACAGUCGGCGAGAAGCACCCAAGCACAGCGAUGACGCUCGAGAACAUUGGCAUGUUGCACAAUGAACGCGGUGACAAGGAGCAGGCCUGCGCCCACAUCCAGCAAGCGCUCGACGUGUACGCGAUCACGUUCGGGCCAGACCACCCCAACACGCGCGCCGUGCAACACAACCUGCGGCGCAUUCGCGGUGGUGCUGUGAAGGGCCAGGAUUUAUCCAUGCAAAGUUCUCCGGUUUCCUCUUCUCGGCCAACCGACUCUGGUGGCUGCUGCAGUGUGCUCUAA